UGUCUCCCUAAGCAAUUCUAACCAACUGUUUUUAUCUUUACCCCACUCAGGUUGCCAGGUCUACUCCCCUCACUUGCUGAACAGCCUACAGUGGAUGGAAGGAGGCCAGGCGAUUGGCCACACAUAUGGUGGGGCCUGGUCGACAGUUGGGGCCUAUGCCAAGGCUUCCCUGCCGCUGUAUCAGGCCUCCCCCAGCCUCAGCUCACCUCACCACAGCCAGCACCUCUUCGGCUUCACACCCACUCUGAAGGAGGCAGGCAGUGAGGAGCCGGGGUCUAGUCUGGGCAAGGAGAGCCCCAAGUACGCUGAGGUGAUGAAAGUGGAGAGGGAGAGCCCCCUGAAUUCUGCACUCCUGCCGCUGGGCCUGGAUGACAGCCUGGGCCAGAGUGGCCACCUCCAGCUUUACAACGGGAACAUCUACCAGGCCUCAGGAGCCUCGGGCCUGGAAUGCUACUCUACAUCCCUGAAGCACAAGCUGACAUUAUCGCCAUGUGGUAAGAUCUGGGUUGGAGUCAGGGCGCCUGCGUAAAUGACUGGGUAGGAU